AUGAAGGUCCCAGAGGGUAGACUUACUAAGUGGUUGCUCAAGCUACAAGAAUACUCUAAUGUAUUUGAGUGCAAUUCCGGCAAGGUUAACAGGUGGGUAGAGGCCUUAUCGUCAAAUCCUGUUGAUGAGGCAAAUGAAACUGACUCGAGCGUAAGCGACUCUAAAGACUCAUCGAAAUCAGUCGCAAACAUAUGCGAGACGCUGGAUGUAUUUCCUAUGCAUAUUCGUUCCUUAGGUUUGAAAUCGUAUCCGAACAGUUCUUCUGGAAAAGCCGCUAAACAAGCAUCAAGGGAGAAUCUCAAACAAAACCGGGGACCGAAGGGAACGUCGAGAAUCCCCGCAACGGCAGAGGUCAGGGUUCAAGGUCCUCUUCCAAGUACAUUUACUAGCAACCCUGCUGCAGAUGAAACGCUGAAAUCUAGCCUUAGAGCCAGCAAAUACGGGCCGAAAGCAGGAGUGGGCGUUUGGUUUAACUAUGAUCACGCACUAAACGUUUCAAAAAGAGCAAGUAGCAGACAAACAAACAAUUCUGCCGAAAUUGCGGCUGCGUUAAUAGCUAUCAAACAAGCCACAAACGCUGGUAUCAAGAAACUUACAACCAAUUCGGACUCCCGUUAUCUUAUUGAUGGCCUCACUAAGUGGCAACGAAAUUGGGAAGACAGGGGGUGGUUUGCAAGCAAUAAUCGAUCUGUAAUAAAUAGACGAGAAUUCGAGAAAUUAAAAACGAUGACUGAAAAUUUAGACGUUAAAUGGCGCUAUAUACUAGCACACAAGUGA